AGCAGCCCUGAUGAUCUCAACACCACCGCAUGUCUUCUCAGCAACUGUCCGCCAAGCCGAUUCUAAACACAUUUCGCUCCUGCUAACUUUUACCAAAACUCUCACGGCUGUUAGCUGAAAGGCACACAUAGAGAGAACCACAGAGCGCACCUUUUUGGUGUGAGGAGAUGAUGGGCUGGCUGAAUAAGUCGUACGAGACUUUUUCUGCUCCCCUUUGAGGAGGCUCGAAAACUUUGCGUUGUCUGUAAACUUUAACGAACUUUGUACAUGGAGUUUUGCGUCACACUCGGAGACGCGAGUUAGAGCCGUGUUCCUUUUUAGCUGUGGAUUCCCGGACAGUAAAAGUUAAAAAUUGGACAAAAAGAAGAGUCGUGCGACAGCAGCUACGAAGUGAAAAGUUUCGACGGUGGAGGUUGUCAGCCAUUAAAAGAGUAGCAUGGAGACCUCAGCUCCAACUACCAAUGAGAAGAAGGAAUGCAAGGGUCCUGGUAUGGAUGGAAGCAGCUUCUCAGAAAUUCCAAAGAAGCCCUCUCCCACCUCCAGAGGUGUCCACCAUAUCUUCCCGACAUUUCACACACCCAUCCCGAUCGACAUGAGACAUCAUGAAGGACGGUACCAUUAUGAACCUCACCCGUUGCACGCUAUGCAUGGAGCUCCGGGACUUAGUGGCAGUCCAGUAAUCUCAGAUAUCUCCUUGAUUCGUCUGUCACCUCAUGCACAGACUGGGCCGGGUGAGUCGCCGUUCAGCCCUCCACAUCCCUACGUCAGCCCCCACAUGGAGCAUUACCUAAGAUCAGUACAUGGAAGCCCCACACUCUCCAUGAUCUCUGCAGCACGAGGACUGAGCCCUGCCGAAGCAGUUACCCAUGAACACUUAAAAGACCGAGGCCUAUUCACUCUUCCUCCACCACCUCCAGGGGCAAAUCCCACCGAAUACUACCAUCUGAUGGCCAGUGCCAGCCAGCGAAACCCAUAUGGCGACCUUUUGAUGCAGAGUGGUGUUGCGGCUGCUGCAGCAGCGGCGGCGGCAGCGGCUCAUUUACCGGAUUACAUAAAUCCAGUGGAUGUUUCACGUUUCUCCAGUCCUCGAAUGACGCCCCGGAUGAGCAGGAAGAGAGCACUAUCAAUCUCUCCGUUAUCGGAUGCCAGCAUUGACCUGCAGACCAUGAUCCGCACCUCACCCAACUCCCUGGUUGCCUACAUCAACAACUCCCGUUCUAGUUCGGCAGCCAGCAGCUCCUACGGACACCUUUCAGUUGGCGGAAUCAGCCCUUCAUUCAGCUUCCCUCAUCCCAUUAACCCGGUGGCGUAUCAGCAGUUGUUGUCUCAGCAGAGGGGUCUGAAUGCCUUUGGCCACACUCCCCCUCUCAUUCAACAGCCACCGUCCUCAUUCUCUGCUCGUCAACAUUCCCUGGCCACUCCACCUAUGUCUAGCUCCCAUAACAGCACCAACUCAGAGUCUAAUCAGAAUGCUAGCGGAGACCCAGCAGUGAGCAGCACAGUCAACCCACUAAACUCCAAAAGGACAAAGGUUAAGAUGGAAGUAGAAGGACUUCUACCCAUCUCACCUUCUACUGUGGACCAUAGUGAAGGGAUAUUGGACCUGAGUGAGGAGCUUGAUAAAGAUGAAUGCAAACAGGAGCCUGAGGCCAUAUAUGAGACCAACUGCCACUGGGAGGGUUGUACCAAGGAGUAUGAUACACAAGAACAACUUGUACAUCACAUCAACAAUGACCACAUCCAUGGUGAAAAGAAGGAGUUUGUGUGUCGGUGGGUGGAGUGUUCACGGGAGCAAAAGCCCUUCAAGGCCCAAUAUAUGCUGGUGGUCCACAUGAGGAGACACACGGGCGAGAAGCCACAUAAGUGCACCUUUGAGGGCUGCACAAAAGCAUACUCCCGUCUGGAGAAUCUCAAGACCCACCUAAGGUCCCACACAGGGGAAAAGCCCUAUGUGUGCGAGCAUGAAGGUUGCAACAAGGCUUUCUCAAAUGCUUCAGACCGUGCCAAGCACCAGAACCGCACGCAUUCUAAUGAGAAGCCAUAUGUGUGUAAAAUCGCGGGAUGUACCAAGCGAUACACAGACCCCAGCUCACUAAGGAAGCAUGUUAAAACUGUUCACGGACCCGAAGCUCAUGUUACCAAGAAACAACGAAGUGAUGCUCCUCGAGGGCUUCAGCCACCCAAAGACAAUGGAGAGAAUGAGUUCCAUUCUAAGAAUGGCACAGGAAGUGCAGAUGAGAGGACUGAUGCCAAAGGCACCACUAGAAGCAUGGAAGACUGUCUACAAGUCAAAUCAAUCAAGACUGAGAAUUCCAUUAUGUAUCAGUCCAGUCCUGGUGGUCACUCGUCAUGUAGCAGUCAACCAUCACCUCUCAGCAGCACCAACAACAACGACAGUGGGGUAGAGAUGGCCAUGCACAGUGGGGGCAGUUUCGGGGACCUGAGUGCACAGGAUGAGUGUCCCAUGGUUGAUUCUACUGUUUCUGCCGGGGGGCAACAGGUAGGGUUAGGUGUCCAUCUGAGGAAAGCAAUGGGUCAUUGUGGCACAGAUACCAUCAAAAUGGAGAAUAUUAAGAAAGAAAGGCUGAAGACAGUGAGAGAGCCCUGCCCAUGGGUCAAUUCAGCACCACAGCCCCCUCACGGCCAACGCUCCAACACAAAGCUGCCCCCGAUACCUGCUGUUGGUUCCCUGCUGGAGAACUCAAACUUAACAAGUAACCUUAACAGUUUACACAAUGGUCAGCGAUUGGGAGACCAGUCUUUUUGUGAAGUGACUCUGCUGAACCAGCUGAAUGAUCGACGUAAUAGCACAACCAGCACGAUCAGCUCAACAUACACCACAAGUCGGCGCUCCUCCGGCAUCUCACCUUGCUACUCCAGCCGACGGUCCAGUGAGGCAUCGCAAUUUGGGGUUAAUCGUCAUAACAAUAUCAGUUCAGCUGAUUCCUAUGACCCAAUCUCUACUGAUUUAUCCCGACGCUCCAGUGAAGCUAGCCAAUGUGGAGGUGGCGGUGGAGCAGGGGGGUCAAAUCUCCCCAGCCUUCUCAGUUUGACUCCAGCUCAGCAUUAUCGUCUCAAAGCAAAAUAUGCAGCUGCCAUUGGUGGAGCCCCACCUACUCCCUUACCUAAUAUGGAAAGAAUGAGCCUUAGGACCCGAAUGGCCCUCUAUAGUGACUCUCAGGAAUGUUCAUCGCACCAGUACCACCAGCCACCUUCUGGAACAGUGCCCAGACGAUGCAGUGAUAUUGCAUAUAGCAAUCACAGCAUGAUGCCCCAUGAAGUACCGGCCAACCUUCCACGCCGAGCCAGUGACCCAGUGCGUCGUCCCAGCCUUGACCACUUGGCCCUUUCAGCAGUACAGCGCUACAACAGUAUGAACAGUAUGAAUAGUUCAUCAGAAUGUCAACAAGCAUUGGCAAUGCAUGGUUACACUCGUUCUGAUGGCAACCUGCAACGAUACCCAUUUAACCCCAGACCGCCAAGCAUUUCAGAGAAUGUAGCCAUGGAGAACAUGGCUAUAGAUGGGAUGGGAAAUGGGGGAGAACAAGGUGCGGAGGAUGAUUUAGUUAUUCCAGAUGACAUGGUGCAAUACCUGAGGUCCCAAAAUUCUAGCACCCAAAGUCACAUUUUUGGACAAGGGAACCACCAGUUUAAUAACCAGUCUCAGGGCUAUCAGACAGGCAUUGCCCCACGAGCCUCAUAUUAUUCCCAGAGAAGGGCUGCCAUGGUUGAUGCCUGCAUGAUGCAGUCUGGUCAGGAUAUAGAUCGUAGUGACUCACAACAUCCCUUUUCAGCAUCGCCACACUUGAAUAAGAAUAAUAUGCCAGUGCAGUGGAAUGAGGUGAGUUCAGGAACAGUGGACACUGUGACAAAGCUCCCCAAACAGCAACAUUCUCUCAGGGGUAACCUAGCUGUUGUUCCACAGCGAAGCAAUUUUGGUUCCCUGCAGGCACAAGGUCAAAGCCUUGGCAGCAACCAGCAGGUCAUACCAAUGAAUCAGAACAUUUAUAAGCAGGGCUAUGCAAACAACAACAGCAAGAAGUUGAACAACCCUCACUAUCGACAAAGACAGUGUGGAAAUUUGAAAUUUAGCGAUCAAAAUUCUUUACAAGGGUUUAGCCAAGACACGAUUCAAAAUUCUGUAUCUCAAAACAAUAACAUGAACCCUACAUGGAAUGUAGUGACAGAUCAAGGUCUGCAAAGUUACAGAGAAAGGACACAAGCUGAUAAUUAUUCUCAUGUGAAUCAAGUGCUUCAUCAACAGCACCAUAAUAUUUCACGCCAACACAGCAAUGUACAUCAUGGUACGAGUGGAAUGUUACCACCAAGACCUCCAGUAGAGCCCAAGCCAGGUAGCAGGCACCUUCCUGGUACUGGUAUGAUGCAAUUAAACCGAUUACCUAAAUUAUCAGAUGUGAGUCCCGGCCUGCGUAAUGAUACGUCAGAGGCAAGUCCAAAAAGGACCAAUGGGUCGACAGCCCAACGAAACAGCUCUGAGAAUCCUCACUCUGCAUUGUUCUAUACAGGUGAGAUUCAUUUGAUUGAACCAACUGCUGCCACUUUCGAUGCCCAGAUGUCCCCUAAUGUGAGCCAGAACCUUGCCAAUAACAGCAUUGUAGCGAGUAACAUGGCCUCACCGGGUGUCAACCAGGUCUCUAGCAGUACGGUGGAUUCUUCCACAAGUGGGAACGGUGGUGCCGAACACACCCAAAUAGAUUUCGACUCCAUGUUAGAUGAUGGAGAUCACUCUAGCCUGAUGUCAGGGACCCUGAGCCCUGGCCUUUUGCAGAGCCUCUCCCAGAAUUCAUCUCGCCUCACUACCCCUCGCAAUUCUGUUACACUUGCAUCCGUACCAGCAGGAAUUGGCAACAUGGCCAUUGGUGAUAUGAGCUCAAUGCUGACAGCACUGGCUGAAGAAAGUAAGUUCCUCAGCAUGAUUAGUUAGAAGCGAUGACAGACAGAUUUAAGCCAUUACUGUAUGUCACAAUAAUUCACACAUCAGGAACUAAACAAAGCACUGAUUUAACGGGAAAUGAGUGGCCAUUUUAAUUGUUUUGUUGACAUUUUCUAUAUCAGUAUAUUAUAUUUGUACCAGACUGUAAAUGUUACCUCAAGAAUUAAGUAGAUAGCAAAAAAUACUUUCUAAGUCAUUCACGCACGCACCCACACACAUACAUUGUAGUACUGUAUAGUGUUGCACUGAAAGCAUUUCACAUGGCCUUGCCUAGGAUAAUUAAGUAUAAGCAUCUAAUUACAGCUCUAGCAACAGGAAAUUGAUCCUUUGGGUAUUAUUUUCCAGUGGAACCCAAUUUUUUAGUAUUUAACUGAACGGUACUUCUUUUAAGUCAUGAAUUUUGUAAUGGACUCUAUGCACGCACAUGUCUGUGUUUUGGGAGGUGCACUACUUUCUUGUUGCCAGGCUAACACAUAGCAAUGACAAUGUUAGCGAAUGUUGAUUUUCCAUUUCCUAUUGCUCUUGGUCAUUCUAGGGAUGUACCGAAAGCAAAAGUUUUGGCUGCAACCAAAUAUUGGAAACACAUGGCCGAAAAACCGAAAGGGCGAAAAAUACACAUGCAUAUAAUCAAUUUUUUAUUUUUUUCGUUUAAAGCCCUUUGCCUUGGCAUUGGUUCUACAACCUCGGAGGCUGGAGACAUUUAGGCUAGGUUCAUACCAGUGGUUUUAAUGCACAAAUCCAAUUUUUUCGUGUUUUUCCGACUCCAGUGUUUUUCCGACUCGAGUGAGGCGUUAACUUGACGGUCUGAACGGGAUAAGUCACAUGAAAGUGGACCAUUUCAAAUCUGAUCUAGGUCACUUUUGUUUGUGGUUAAAAUUCAUUCUGGGCCACAUUUUUCCAGAAUGUGGCUGUGGUCUUAACUGUCAUGUCUCCCAAAUCGGAAUUCAUGCAGCAAUUAAGUCAGCAAAGAGCGAGAUAGACAGAGUGCUACGUCAGCGAUGGAGCUUUGCAUUAGCGUUCGUGUAUAGCUUGAACUCGGCUUUUAGGAAAGAGGUGGGCUUGACAGCAGUCAUUAAAAAAAUAAAAUGGGGAAGGGGGUUGGCCUGAGAAUGCUCAGUUUUCUUUCUGUGCUCCAAAUGAGCAAUAUUUCAAGAUCGCUUACAUGGCCGAGAGUCGGGGCAAACUACUGUGUGUGCGUUCUACCAAUCCAUAUAAACUUUGAAUAUAAGACUACACGGGGAUGAAUUAUGUCUGUUUUUUGUGUCCGAUUUUUGGGAAUCAAAAUAUGAUCACCUUAGAAUGACGUUGAGCCAGCAUGUGUAGUAGGCCUGAACGAUAUUGGAAAAAACUAUUGUUGCGAUUUUUUUUUAGGUUUGCAAUAUAUUGCGAUAUUAUAUUGCAAUGUUAAAAAAAAAAAAAAUCUAUCUUUUUUAAAGAAAUUUUCACUAAAUGACUUGAAUAGCUAUUUGGAAAUACUUUACAUAACACACCGUGACCACUAGAGCUGGGAAUCUUUAGGCACCUAACGAUUCGAUUACGAUUCAGAGGCUCCGAUUCGAUUAUAAAACGAUUAUUGAUGCACCCCCCUCCUUUUUUUUUUUCCUCUUUUUUUUUUUUUUUUUUAUGUUUUGUACAUUAGUUCCAAAAUUGUUCAAAAAUACUCUCAGGCUAAACCACACUACUAUUUCAGUAUCAAGUUAACAUAUACCAGUAAACAAAUAUACAAAAAUAACAUUAAAUAAAAAACUCCAGUCCCCAUUCUGUAUCAGCAGCUUUAAACUACAUUCAAUUAAUUUAAUGUUGUGAAUCAACCGUUAAAUUUGUUAAAAUUGCUCCCGUUAUUCCAUAAUUUCCCUUUGUCUACUUUCGACAUGUGAAAGUUGUAAAACUAUUUUAAAGAUAGAUUCAAGUCAAUAUUUUACCGAUUUAGGAGUAUUUUAGAUAAAAAGUUAAUUAGGUUUGCUUGGAAGGUUCGCUACAACGGCCUUGCAGGGAAGUGUACUGCUUUAAGAUGGCGGCCGUUUAUAACACCCGCAUCUAGCUUUUUGUAGAUGUGCUGCUAACAAUACCAAAUCUACAUUGCAUCUAGUCCUAUAUAAAUGAUAUCCACCGUAACAUUAUAUGGAUGUACUUUGUAGCAGCUUUUCGGCAGCAGUCAGGUAUGUUGUUGUGUUUUUUUAUCUCGUUGCAUGAGUUGAGCUAGAGCCGUGAGUUGAGCAUUGGCAUUACCCGAGGGGCCGGGUAAUGGGAAGCAUGAUGUUUAGCUACUCUCGCUCCGUUCCGUCCCGAAGACCGCGCGGCGCGCUGAGUGUUGUGUACUUCCGCUUUACUUCGCAUAUUUUAAUAAUCGGAAUUUGGAUGUUUGUGAAUCGUUCUCGAAUCUUCCACGGCCGAAUCGCGAAUAAUCUAAGAAUCGGAAAUUUUGCACACCUCUAGUGACCACAGUGUAUUCAUAUAAUACCGUUUCAUUUGUGAAUGAUGAAGAUUGCUUUAUGAAGGGAUCCAGGAAGCCAUGUCUGCACAAAAUAGAUCAUUUAUUGAACACAAUAUUUUACACUUCAACAGCAGCAAAUACAUUAAAUGAUAAAUAAAAGAGCAGGUGCAUUAGUCCCCUAAGUUUUUGACAAAAUAUAACAAUAAUUAAAAACCUCAGUAAAACAACAAAGUUGUCAACAUAUUUGAACAAAAAUAUUAAAUAUGACAAAAGAGUUGUUCACAAACUAUAACAAUAAAUAAAAACCUCAGUAAAACAACAAAGUUGUCAACAUAUUUGAACUUAAAUAUUAAAUCUGACCAAUAAAAGUGCAAGUGCAUUCGUCCCCUGAGUUGUUUACACAAAAUAUAACAAUAUAAAACUGCAAAACGGCAACAAAGUUGUAAAAAUAUUUAAACAAAAAUAUUAAGUAUCAAAACUUUAUGUGCAGCUGUACAAUAUAUAGUUAUUUGGAAAAAUACGAUUUACAAUAAAUUUAAAUAUAAAAGACAAAAACUCAAUUGAACUUGUAAAUAAUUGAACUGAAUAACUGCAAAUAACUGUGAUGAAUAACAGAACCAUUUUAACUCCCAAAUUUCCUUCCUUCCUGAUAGCUGUCACAUGAAUAAAAAGAAGAAAAGACAUUCCUGCAGCUGUGUUAUGUUUUUGUCUGCAUAUCGUCCACCUUCCUUGCUCAGCAAUUCUCAACUGGGUCUCAUAGGUUUUUGGCCAAGACUAUUAGUUUAUCCACUAUUGCAGGCUUGAGACAAGAACGUUGGCACGUAACAAUGUUCCCACCUGUACUAAAAAGCCUCUGAUGGGAAGCUCGUAGCAGGAAUGCAUAGAUACCUGCGUUUUAAAUGGUCCCACAUGUUUGACAGAUUUCUUGUUGUUGAGGCAACCACGGCGAGCCACUGUCGACAGGGCUGUUUUUUGUCCCUUAUAGUCUUGUUCUUGCCAAAAUACUUCCAAAACUCCUUUUGGAUACAGUCUUCCUCGCUCCUUCAACGUGUUGCUUUCUUGCUUUCACUUUGAGAACGGCCCCUCCUCCCUCCGCUCUGCUGUUAGGCCCCUCCUCCCUCCACUCCGCUGUCGCAGGGGGAGGGGGAGGAGCCGAUGACUUGCUGGAGGGAAAGAAGCUGUGCGCUCUCCGUCCCUCUCCUUCCUCAAAACAAACGUUUGUGGAUUAACAAAAAUGAAAUGAAAAAACUAUCGCACGUCCUUGCAAUGGGACUAUUGCGCAUGCGCACAUUGCGAUGGCGAUGUUUAAACGAUAUAUCGUUCAGGCCUAAUGUGUAGUCAUUUGUUUUGAUGCUUCUACGCAUGUGGGUCAGUUUGCUCAGCGUGUGUCGGACUGGAAGUUAGUGCGCAUGCGUACUACAUUUACGGGCUCAAUGGAAAAAGGCAGUCUGAACGGGCACGCCAAAAAAACGAUCUGAAGAGAAAUCUGAUUUGUGCAUUAAGAUCUGCGGUAUGAACGUAGAAUUAGUUUGAAAAGUGCAAAUUCUGAAACCCCAUGGAAGGGCGCGUUCCCGGCGGCAGUGAACAUCUUCUGGCAAACUCUGAAGGGUCGUUCACCAUUACAGCAAAGUGUUGGCUAUAGGAGUUAAAACUUUGUCUUCAACAAGUAAAAUCCUUUGCUGACACUUUGAACAGUAACAAAAUAUUGACAAUAUCUUUUACACAACUCAAUGUAGCAUGAAACAAAUGGACACUUGAAGGUUGUACGCCUCCCAAUCUUUGCCCCCAUAAAUUCUUCGUGUGUUGCGGGACAUAGGGUUCAUUCUAAUGUGUUAUGCCAAGUUAUACAUGCAUUUAUUAUACCGCAAAGGUAACCAGUAUGUCUGCCAACUAUUUGACAUAAUGACAUGAGUUACAGAAUGAUAGUAAAAUAUUUCACAUUAACAUCAGGGUCCACAGACUUGCUUUUUGAUCAUGUUCUGAACUUUUGAGGAUGCCCCUUUGGAUCAGAGGCAUGAACUCUCGGGGGUGUCAAAUCCACAAGGGUAAAUGAUUGAAAUGGACAAGGGUAUGCUUUGGUCUAUCAAGGAAUUCAGACCCCUGUGUGUGAGGAAGAACAUUCUCUAAAAGAAUACACAAGUACCUCUGUGUGUUCCUAAUGGGAUCCAACUCUAAUUAACACAUUCAUAACAUCACCCCCACCACCUUUUUGCUACAACCCAUAUUUUUCCCUGGGCAUUGGAUGAACUGCAGAAGGGACAGACUUUGAUAUUCAAAAUCCGGUUCUGACAUUGCCCAGCAAAAUUCCAAUUUUGUUAUGUUCUCUGUAUUUCUAAGUAGCCUUUAAAAGAAUUUGUGUAUUUGCAAUGACAGUAUAUACUUUUACAAGUUUGUUUGGCUUUGUGUGACAUUGUAUAUAGCUUUUGUACAUUUCAAAUAAAC